GUUGCUCAAGCUCGACAUGGACAGGAUGGAGUUCUCCACUGUGAACCUCCCACCAGGCAACAAUGGGCGAGAAGUUGUCAUUGUGGAGCCAGGGGAAGGCAAGCUUGGGAUGUUUAGUCUCACUAGGGAUGGCAGAGAUGUGCAUUAUUUCACCAGUAUGAAAAGUAAGGCUGAGGAGAUUGAGGCUAGUGAGUGGCUGGUGGAGAAUACAAUCCCUUUGCCAUGCAAUUGCAACAUUGUUGGCGCAUUUGAAGGAUACAUAUUCUUGCAAGGUGUUGAAACACACCAAGGCAGAGUGGAGGCAGCGUGUUAUUCCCUUGAGAUUAAGACGUUGAAGAUUGAGAGGGUCAACUCCAUCAACUACCUUUAUGUUCAUAUCCAUCCUUAUUUCGGGUACCCACCAUUCAUGUCGCCGCGGAUGAUAGAAAUGGACUAAAUUCGCAUCGAAGAUGGAGCUUCUGUUUCAUGUGCUGCUGGUCUGGAGCUAGGUGAUGAUGGAUGCCUAUUGCCCGUCUGUUGGGAAUGUUAUAUGGCUAUCCCAUUCGACUGAUAUAUGGUUUGUUGAACUGUAUUGUUGAGUGUGUAUGGUUAUCCUUGUCUGCUUAUACUGUGUACCGAACUCUACCGUCUGUUGUGUUUGUAUGGUUAUCUGUCAAACUCUACCGUCUGUUGAGUGUGUAUGGUUAUGUCGAAUUGUCGACUGAUACUGUCUGUUGAGUGUGUGAUAUGGUUAUCGAACUUUACCAGAACAAAGUCAUGUUGUUAGUUAAAACUCCCCGUGGUUAAGUGCCAACAGUUACUAGCA